UGACCUAAUAAUAAUCUUUACAUUUGGUACACACAUACUUCCCCAAUUUUUCGGUUAUUGUAUUAGGCCCAUGAUUUCCGUGUCACGUUCACAUUUAUAUAAACCCCCUCUUACCAUUCUCAAUUUUUCAUAGCCAUUAUUAUUGCUCCGCUUCCUUCUUUCACAAGUUUUCAUUUUAUUUCCUUGGAAGCGGGGCAUCUCCUUUGAGUUUUUUUCUCUUAAUUCCUGCAUCUCUUCUCAACAUGGCCGCCAACAGAUGGAUUAGACCCGAGGUAUUCCCACUUUUUGCCUCAGUUGGUGUUGCUGUUGGGAUCUGCGGUAUGCAACUUGUAAGGAAUAUAACCGGCAACCCUGACGUCAGGGUAACCAAGCAGAACAGAGCUGCAGGAGUUCUUGACAAUUUUUCUGAGGGUGAGAAAUAUUCACAACAUACCCUAAGGAAGUUUGUCCGCAACAAGAGCUCUCAGAUUAUGCCAUCCGUUAACAACUUUUUCUCUGAUCCAAAAUAGACCAAAUGCCAAACUCUCUGAAUCCCUAGAAAAUUUGAUUUCUGGGAUUAAUUUUUUGGCUUUCUGCUAUUUUGAAUUGUGAAUUAGGACAAAGGAACUUGACUUUUCAGAUAAAAGGAUAUAUGGAUCAUGAUUGUGUAAUUUGUUGAUGGAUGACAUUCAAUUUGUAUUGAGAAUAAAGAUUUAUACAUUUAAUUUAUAUGAUGGUGUUCAUCAGUUUUCUUA